UGCGGCUCAUCUCCUUUUCUCUGUAGCCUCCGGCUGCUUCUCGGCCUCUUCGCUCCUCUUCGCUCGCGCGGACACUGUCCCUUGCCUAAGUCGGCAACAUGAGCGGCAACAACUUGGAUGGGAACGACGAGUUUGAUGAGCAGUUGCGAAUGCAAGAAUUGUACGGCGACGCCAAGGACGGCGACACCGAGAAAGAUCCCAGUGGAGAACCUGAUUCUUUCGGGGAGCAGCCGGCUGACACCCCGUACGAGUGGGACCUGGACAAGAAGGCUUGGUUCCCCAAGAUCACUGAAGAUUUCAUUGCUACAUAUCAGGCCAAUUACGGCUUUUCUAAUGAUGGGGCAUCUAGCUCUACUGCAAAUGUACAAGAAGGCAGUGCUAGGACUGCAGAGGAGCCUCCGCAGAGAAAAACCCCUGAACCCAGUGACCCCAAAAAGAGGGGAGAAAAGAGAAAGGCCGAAUCAGGAUGGUUUCAUGUUGAAGAAGACAGAAAUACAAAUGUCUAUGUGUCUGGUUUGCCUCCAGACAUUACAGUGGAUGAAUUUAUACAGCUCAUGUCCAAGUUUGGCAUUAUUAUGAGAGAUCCUCAAACGGAAGAAUUUAAGGUCAAACUUUACAAAGACAAUCAAGGAAAUCUUAAAGGAGAUGGUCUUUGCUGUUAUUUGAAGAGGGAAUCUGUGGAUCUCGCAUUAAAACUUUUGGAUGAAGAUGAAAUUAGAGGCUACAAAUUACAUGUUGAAGUGGCAAAGUUUCAGCUGAAGGGGGAAUAUGAUGCCUCCAAGAAGAAGAGGAAGUGCAAAGACUACAAGAAAAAGCUGUCUCUGCAACAGAAGCAGUUGGACUGGAGACCUGAGAGGCGAGCUGGCCCGUCCCGAAUGCGCCACGAGCGAGUUGUCAUCAUCAAAAAUAUGUUCCACCCAAUGGAUUUUGAGGAUGAUCCAUUGGUGCUGAAUGAAAUCAGAGAAGACCUUCGAGUAGAGUGUUCAAAGUUUGGACAAAUUAGGAAGCUCCUUCUCUUUGAUAGACAUCCAGAUGGUGUGGCCUCUGUAUCCUUCAGGGAUCCAGAGGAAGCUGAUUAUUGUAUUCAGACUCUCGAUGGAAGGUGGUUUGGUGGCCGUCAAAUCACGGCCCAGGCGUGGGAUGGAGCUACAGAUUACCAGGUGGAAGAGACCACAAGAGAAAGGGAGGAAAGGCUGAGAGGAUGGGAGGCUUUCCUCAAUGCUCCCGAGGCCAAUAGAGGCCUUCGGCGUUUGAAUUCCGUCUGUGCUUCAGAAAGGGCAGGGCCUUCUAGGGUGAGGCAUUUUUCAGAGCACCCUAGCACAUCUAAAAUGAAUGCCCAAGAAGCUGCAAAUGAAAUGGCAUUCGAAGAACCUAUUGAUGAAAAGAAGUUUGAGAAAACCGAAGAUGGGGGAGAAUUUGAAGGAGAUGCUUCUGAAAAAGAUGCCAAAGAAAGUGGCCCAGAGAAAGAGGCUGAAGAAGGCUGCCCCCAGAAGGAAUCUGAAGGAGGCUGCCUCAAAACGGAGUCUGAGGAAGGCUGCCCCAAAAGAGAGCGUGAAGACGACUACCCUGAGAGAGAGUCUGGAGAAGGCAGUCCUGAAAAAGAGUUUGAAGAGGGUAGUCCUAAAACAGAGUCUAAAGAGAAUGGCCCCGAGCGGGAAUCCAAAAAGAAGAGGCUCAAAAAUGAUUAUGAAGAGAAUGGCCUUGAAAAGGAAUCUGAUCAAGAUGGCCCCAGCAAGGAGUAUGAAGAGGAGGAGAGCCCCCAAAAGGAGUCUGAUGAAGACGACUCGGAAAGGGAAUCCGAAGAAGACUUCUCUGAAAAGCAGUUUGACGAUGGCUCCGAGAAAGAAUUCGAAGAGAAUGGCCUCGAGAAGGAUUUUGAUGAGGAAGGCUCCGACAGGGAGUUUGGCGAAGAAAACAUUCUCGAUAGGGAGUUCGAAGACAAUGACUCUGACAAAUCGGAAUUUGGAGAUAGCAGCUCUGAAAGGGUGUUUGAGGAGGAAGUCUCUGAGAGAGAGUUUGACGAAGAGUCCGAUGACAAGGAAGAAGGAGAAGAGACAUACGAAAAGGUGUUUGAUGACGAGUCGGAUGAAAAAGAGGACGAAGACUAUGCAGAUGAAAAGGGGCUCGAAGACGCUGACGAGAAGAUGUUUGAAGAUUCAGACGACAAAGAAGACGAGGAAGGAGCAGAGGUAAAGGAAGAUGAAGACGUGGACGAAAAGAUGUUCGAAGAGGAUGAUUCCAACGGGAAGCUGUUUGACGACGAGGAUUCCAGUGAGAAGCUGUUCGACGACUCCGACGAGAGAGGGACAGUGAGGGGCGUGGGGAAUGUGAAAGACGAAGGGCCCCUGUCCACGGGCAGCAGCUUUGUCCUCAGUAGCGACGAUGACGUCGAUGACAUUUAAUCCCUUAAACUUGCUUUGUAGGGAGCUUCCUCCAUCCGCAUUCUGCCCGCGCUCCAGGGUAAUUGCUAGUAGUGUUACAUGAACGUGUGCCUAGUGGUAGGAUGCCAGCAUUGAGGUUUUCACUGUUCCCUGUACUUAAUGAUUUUAAAUCUGUGUUAAUUGGCCGUUCAGGUAAAACUUCAUAGUAUAAUGCAAGUCAGCUGGGUACUUGUCCUUUGUCAGAUUUGUUAAAUGCAUGCAGAAUAAUAUUUUUUAAAGUAUUCCGAUUGAAGUUUGUGAUAAUUCAAAAAUAAAAAUAAGUCCUUAAUAUGCCAAUACUGAAAAAUUGGACUUGCGUUACAUUGCAUUUUAAAUUCUUGCUGUUGCUUUAUUCAUACUAAAGUGUGGUGUUUGUGAGGACUUGAUAAAGCUCGUAGGAGUCUUCUUGCUUCCAGCUUCCCUUAGCACUUACAACCCCAUUUCCCUCCGUAACCCAAAACAUGUUACUAAACUUAUGAAAUAAAUAACACUCUGGAGUUUUUCCCUGCCUAGUCCUUGCGAGCUACUUUCAUUUGUUCUCUUUUCCAUCCUUUUUCUGCGAAAACGGACUCUGAGAUGUGCAAAAGUGAACUUCCUGAGGUCUGCAGCUCCUGUUACUGGAAAUAUGGAGGAGAUUAGAAUUCUCCUGUGUACUGUUUGGGCCCCUUGAGAAGCUGAUUCAAGUCGUGGAACCUUUCCCCGGAAAAAUGUAUGCUCACACUACACAGCUUUUUUGUACACACUUUUCAGAGGUUCAUGGAUCCCCUCGAGUUUAAGAUCUAAUUGUAUCAUGCGUACUUUAGUUUUUUGUUCUAGAUUCAUGGUGCCUAGUACUGUGCUGAGUUGUGUAGUCCCAAUAAAAAUUGGAGUCUUUCUUGAUUGUGCUUUCUAAAUUAAGUAUUGGUGAAUUGACUUCUGCUGUAGUAUUAAGAAGUGACUCGUGAAUUAGCAUUAAAAUAAACUGCAUUGGUGCUUUUUCAUUA